CCCUUAAAAUGUUUUGUGUUCCCAAAUCAAACUUUGAGUUUGUUUUGCUAUACUUGUUAUGUCCACAAAUCGUCUUUUACUUUUAUGAGAUUGUUGAACGGGAUGUUUCUCCAUAAUAACUUGUAAGAAGAAGCGCAUCUGAAUUAAGCCGCAAAAGUCAAAUUGGAGCGCUUUAAAUUGGAGAAAACGCUAUGAGCAGUUAACCGAAAUGAUUCGUUCGUUGAUAAAAAACAUCACAUCACAUCAUCUUCGCAAACAAACCAAGCUGAAAAAAUAUGAAAACUAGAGGAAUCAGGACUUGGAAUUAGCAAUGGAAAUAAGCAGUACACACUGCUUGGUCAAGGGGAGAGAUAAUUUGUGCCCGGGGGCAGAUAACUGUGUUUUUGCUGAGGUGUAACGAAGCGAUAAAGAACACAACCAGCAUGCUGCAUGGGCACGACGAUGUCGACGAAAUAAAGGAAGGACAACAAAACAGGGGGUGUACUUCGACUACAAAAGACCUGCAGGACGCUGUGUUCAAAAACUACUCAGGCGAAUUAGCCACCCCGGCUGGAGCACUUACUAUGAGAAGCAAGGAAUUAGAAAUCCAAGCCCUUCAGAAAGCUCUAAACAUCCCUGAAAUGCCCAGUCUUGUGCUACCAGAAAGGAUACACUGCCCUACUAGCUUAUACUCCAGUCAAUCAUUGAGAAACCCAAAUAAUCUCACCCUACUAGCAGCAUUGCUAGAUUGUUCUGGACAAGAAGGACCUCUUAGUUCAACCCUCAAUUUUGACCACUCACCAAUUGGAGAGAAUAUAGAUCUACCAGAACAUGGCCUUAACCAGAGCAACCAUCCUUUUCGUUUAACAAAUUCAACAUUGAACCCAAAGAAUGGUAUUCAACAGAGUAGCUUGAGAAAUUUGAGGUUUGAGGCACAGUCAUCAAGGCAAUCAGGGGUGAUGCAGGAAAGCCAUGUGUGGAAUCCAGGCGGACACUCAACAUCCCCAGUCCGUCACGUUAGGGAGACGCGGAGUCUAGAUGGUGAUGACUACAGGCGGACAUUGUUGCUGGAUAGAAUCAAGGAUGCACAUGCAAUCAUACAAACACAAUCUGAACAGCUGACCAUUGUUGAGGGUGAAGUGAGAAACCUGCAAGGCAAGCUGGAGACUAGGGAAGAACAGCUCAUGACCUAUCAAAAAGUUCUAGAAGAAACCCAAUGGGAACAGAUACAGAUGAAACAAUACCAAACAGAAGAAAUCAAUAAUACAAAUUCCCUCCAUCUAAGACUGAGCAGAUUAGAGAAGGAAUUCCACAGUCUGUUGAUCACUCAUAAUGCUCUUCUAUUGGACAAUAAAAGAAAAGAGAGCUUGUUGGAGCAGACCUCAUUGAGUGUUAAUCUCCUUGAGCAGACAAACAGGGAACUUCAUCAGAGGAACCAGAAGCUUUUGGACGAAUGUGCCUCUGCAUUUCAAAGCUACCAGGAAGCAUUUGCAGCACAGAGGAAACAAAAGCUUGAAAAGCAAGAAGCUUUGGCAGAGCUAGAACAAGUUAAACAGGAAUAUGAAGCAGUAAAGAUGGAAGUCAGUUCACUGAAAAGUAAAAAUGCAGAUUCAAAGACAUUGAUCAAAGCUCAGAUUUCGCAGGUUCGGCAACUUGAACAACAGCUUGCAGAACAAAGGGUGAUGAGUGAGUCAGAACAAGGGAAGCUCAGCCUGCUGAAAGACGAGGUUCAGCAUUUGAAAGAAACAUGUCAAAUGUUAAGAACAGAGAAAGAGGUGUUGCUCAAGGGCAAGCUUCAAGUAGAGCGAGAUGUGGACAAAGGGGAACAGGAAAGAGUGAUUCUUCAACAGAUUAACAAUAACUUGAAGGGUGAAGUACGAGAAUUGUAUGAGAGCAAAUCAAAGCUGGCAGAGCAGUUGGAAAAUUCACGACAAUUAAUUAAAAGCAUUGAAAACGAAUAUAAGAAAGAAAAGGAAACACUGACUGCUCUCACAUCUGAUCUCCAACAGAAACUCGGUGCCGCCAAAGACACACUUGAUAGAGAGCGAAGAACACUAAGGGACAAGCUGUACAGUGAACAAGAAUUGUUACAGGAAGCCGUGGAAAGGGCCAGGAAACUGUCUGCCGAAAAUCGGAUACUCGAGGAGCGAUGUCAAGAGUUGUUAGAAAAGAAUAAUAAACUUGUGGUAGAACAGCAUGAUCUCACAGAUCGAUCUACCGUAGAGCAACUACAAAGCCGUCUUAGGUCCGUGGAAGAACAAAACCGACAAAUAACUAAAGAAUACGAGGAAAACAAAGAGCUGCUGCGACUCGCCGAGACAGAGAAGAAUAUCCUGCAAAGAGAGUGCUCAUCAAACAAGCGUCUGCAAGCGGAGAAUUCUGAACUAAAAAACCAGCUUAAAGAAACGUGGGACGAGAUCACGGAGCUGACGGGACGCGCGGAGCAGCAAACUGGGGUGAUCAAGAGAUUACUGGAUGUUUCAAAGGAUAUCGCGAAGACAGACGGCACGAACAACUUGUUGGGAACAUCUGAGGAGCCGCCAAGGGACCUUCAGUGUGAAGAUUGCAGUUCUCUGAGACAAGCGAUGAACGCUGCUACACAGGAAAACCAACGGCUACCUCUCGAAGUUAGUCGAUUAGAGGAGGAGUUGAGAACUUCACAACACGAAAAAGAGCUCCUGAAGAAGGAUGUGUCUGACUUGAUAAACAACAACGCGACGCUGAGUUCGCAGAUACAGAAAGCAAGAGAAUUAGAGAAACAGGCACGCAGUGUCAAGAAUGUCCAGGAAGAGCUCAAACACAUCAAGGAAGCUUUGUCCAGGCUUGACUCAGAGAAACAUGAGCUGAUGUCAGAACUCGAGGCUCUGCGCCAAGACAAGAGCGUGUGGAGUGAUGAGAAAGCCGAGUUGACUAUGAGCAUUGCGGAACUACAGGCCGAGAAUGCCAGCAUCGAAGAGAAGCUCAAGACCAGCGGGUCAACGAGAGACACCCUGGCGGCGUGUAGUGAUGCUGUUAUGGCAGAUGACGCAUCACACAUCCAGAAAGCAACAGAAGAGGCGACCCAAGAACUGAAAACUAUGCGAGGGGAACUAGAAAAAGUCUUGCAGGCUUUGAACGAAAAGGAUGCGCAACUGGAAUUGCAGACACAAGCUCUGGAUCAGCGACAGCAUCAGUUGAACAGAUGGGCCGAGGAGGCGACGCGCGCCAAGAAGGACUUCGCUGAGAUGGUCACGAAAGCGUCUUCAAGGAACCAAGUGAUUACUGCUUUGAGAGAUCAGCUGGCCGAGAAGGCACAGGAAAAUGCCGAGAUCCAGGAGACCCAUACCGCGUUAAGGGAAAAACUCCACUCGCUCACGCAUCCAUACAGUGGCAUCCCGGGCGAGAGUCACGCAAUCCCUGAAGACAAGAAGCUAGUGACGGGCCACGCCCCUCCUUCGUCACUUUUAGACUUGCGGCGAGCGUCAGACCCCGCCCCCAUACGACCAUCAAGCGUACGUAUAGGUUCUGCACUCAUUGGCGUGAAUAACGAACAAAAGAACGAGCUGUAUUCACUGAGGCAGUGCAAUGAGCGAUUAAGCGCGCGAGUAGCAGAGCUGCAAGAAGAGAGGGAUUUCGCUAUUGAAGAUGCGCUUGACCUCCGAGAGGGAAUUCAGCAACUGAAAGAGGCAUUUGAAGAUGAGAUUGAGCGCGAACUUGAGCUCCAAAAAGAGCGCUUUGAACUAGAGAAGGUACGCAUCCUUGAGCACAAAGAAAAUAAAUUAUCAAGAGACGACUCUCUGUCAGUAUCAGGAGAAAUCUCUAAAUUUCAAGACGAGUUGAAGUGCUUGAGGGAAGAUAAGCAAAAUUUGGAAACUGAAAGAAAAAACCUCGAAUUUGAGCGGGACGAGCUUAGAAGACAAGUGGAAGAACUCUGUGAAAACAGGUCAAGAAGCCAGGAUAAAGGGGUUCAGGUUGACUUAUAUUUCCCAAGUCCGAAACGACGCGAGAACAGGGGACGAAAAAGGAGUGCAAGUGUUGGCUAUAUCACACCCAUUAUCACACUAGACAAUGCUGUCAACGGGUCAAGAACAUCCCCCGAUCGAGUGUCUUCUCGUACGCCAAGCCCACGCGUACCGGGCAUCGACUUUGUAACAAACGGUCAAAUUUCUCCGAGACGAAGUCCUGACCCGAACCACGUGACGAGCGUUCAUCGCACUGAAAACUUUAACGGAAAUAUGUAGCAGCAAAGCGAAUCAUCCACUGUGACUCUGAAGGUUUUGUGCGCAUUUGAAAAUUUCUGUGUUCUCCCAGGAAUCCCUUUUUCCUAGGGGCAAUACAAAUUUUGCGCGAAAAGCAAUGUGGCUCGAGUUUUUAACCAUGUUGCUAUUCGUUAACUAUUCCAGUAACAUCUAUACCUUUUUUUCCCUCUAUUUAUAACCCAAAAUGUAAAUAGUAGUUGUUUUAAUAUUAUUUAUUUAGGUUUUUUUGCUACUAUAUACAUUUUAAUAAAUGUGUUAAAUCGCCUA